AUGGGCUGCAUCCAGAGCAUAGCCUGUAACAAGUCACGCAUCAAACGAGAGAACAUCGUGGUGUACGACCUGUCCGCCACCAUAGACCACUGCCCGACCGUCAUUGAGGAGAACUCGCCAAUAGUGCUCCGGUACAAGACGCCCUAUUUCAAAGCCUCGGCGCGGAUUGUGAUGCCCCCUAUUCCGCGCAAUGAGACAUGGGUGGUGGGCUGGAUCCAGGCGUGCACCCAGAUGGAAUUUUACAACACCUAUGGAGACGUCGGCAUGUCGAGCUGGGAGCUGCCUCAGCUGCGAGAGGGCCUAGUGAGGGCUAUCAGCGACUCAGACGGUGUGAGCUACCCCUGGUAUGGAAACACAACAGAGACUGUCACCAUAGUGGGCCCCACCUCCAAGCCAUCCCGCUUCAUCGUCAGCAUGAAUGACAAUUUCUACCCAAGCGUCACCUGGGCUGUCCCGGUCAGUGAAUCCAACACGCCUUUACUGACUAAUAUCAAAAGGGACCAGAGCUUCACCACCUGGCUGGUGGCUCUCAACACCACCUCCAGAGAGAAGAUCCUGCUCCACACCAUCAAGUGGAGGAUGAGGGUCGAUAUCGCCGUGGAUCCGUCCCUGCCUCUGGGCUCCAGGGCCAGGCUGGUGGGCCGGGUGCAUCAGGACCAGCCUCGGGUGCUGACCCGCAUGGAGCCCAUCCCUCUUAACGCCAUGGGGAGGCCCAAUGCCAAUGACGCCCAGGUUCUGAUGUGGAGGCCGAGGAGAGGGCCUCCGCUUGUCGUCAUACCACCCAAAUAG